AUGACUGUCACAGAAGUGGUAGAGACCAAGCUUGAUGAAGAGCACUACGUCGACGAAGAUGGUACUGAGCCAGUCGAAGGUACUGAAGGAGAAGAAACUGAAACCAAAAGCGGUCAUACAGUCCCAAAGGGAGUUGCCGUUGAGGAACUAAAGAGCUACCGAGGACAUAAAAAGCUUCGAGAUGAAUGCCCUCCUGCCGUUCAAGAACUUUUGACCGCAAAGGGUGCCUUCGAUGUUUAUGACAAGUUUGUUUCCACAAUGGCCAGUGAGAAAUCCACUCGUGGACCACUAGGCAAGUGGAGAGAUAAACAAUUCAUUUCUGUAUUGGAUUUGUUCCAAGAUGAGUUUAUUGACAAAGGAGUUAAAGUUUCCUUGUGCAAGCGCUCGUCUGGAAAGGGAACCUACCGCUGGCUUGAAUUCAUUGACGUUGAAGCACUUGAGGAACCAUACGUCCCUCAGUAUGAUGUGUCCAACCUUUCAGGACAAAUCCUCGAGACCUGCUACUCAAAACUUCAGUUUCCCAAUGGCGUGGCCGUUGAAGAACUCAAGUCGUGGAAAGGUCGCAAAAAGCUCAAGGAAAAGAUCCCAAUUUAUCUUGAAAAGCUUCUUAAGAAGAAUGAUUUGAUGGCUGAAUACGACCAACUGAUUGACCAUGUCAUUGAGUCCGGAGUGUCUGCUAAUAUGAAAAACUGGGAGACAGAAAAACUACAGGCUAUUCUUGAGGAAUACAAGCCCAUGUUUGCUGCCAAGGGUGUCGAUGUCUUUGUUUCCCACAAACAGGAAUACGUCUCACACGGUCAAUAUGGUGGCCACACUGAAUUCUUCAGAUGGAUUGAGUAUGUGGAUCGUGCUGAACAGCCCAGUUACACUCCCCAGCGUAACGCUGACGAGAAGGAUGAGGCAUGCACCAUCAUGUAA